AUCCGCUUUUCCUGGUGGUCAAAUGCCAAUCAAGUGCUUCACCAUUCCCUGGAAACAGCAAACCCAACAGGAAAGCUUUGUGUAAAUGGUCUUUUGUUUUGUUUUCUCUCCCAGCUUCCUCAUCUCAUUGGUGCCUUUGCUUUCUUUUCACUUUCAAACUCAUAACUCUUAUCUCUUCCUGGCUUCCCCUGAAACUUGAGAAAGCUGCAGUGAUUAAGCGAUACGAUCCAUGGCGAGAACAGGCAAUAAGAACAUACAAGCCAAGCUGGUACUUCUUGGGGACAUGGGAACUGGGAAGACAAGCUUGGUAUUGAGAUUUGUGACAGGAAAAUUUUUGGAGUACCAGGAAUCAACAAUUGGAGCAGCUUUCUUCACUCAGGUUCUGUCACUAAAUGAAGCUACCAUCAAAUUUGAUAUAUGGGACACUGCGGGUCAGGAACGGUACCAUAGCCUGGCUCCUAUGUACUACCGUGGUGCCGCUGCAGCUGUUGUGGUGUAUGAUAUCACAAGCAUGGAAUCAUUUGUGAGAGCAAAAAAGUGGGUUCAAGAAUUGCAAAGACAAGCAAAUCCAACUCUAAUAAUGUUCUUGGCCGGUAACAAGGCUGACUUGGAAGAGAAGAGAAAAGUGGGGUUUGAGGAAGGUGAGCAAUAUGCCAAGGAAAAUGGCUUGGUUUUUCUUGAAACAUCUGCCAAAACUGCACAGAAUGUCAAUGAGCUCUUUUAUGAAAUAGGAAAAAAGUUGGCUAAAGCUAGCCCUUCUCGUCCAACUGGGAUAAAAUUGCAUAGCAGAUCACAGCAAAACAGCAGGAGAAUGUUUUGUUGCUCUUGAUGACGCCACGCCAAAGCAACAAACAUAUACUUGUAUGAUUACAGGUUCAUCUGUGUUCAAGGACAUCAUGGUUCAAGAAGAUGGAGAAACUAACUAAUCGUGGCUCAUGAUCAAGGACAUGGUUCAUCUGCGAGCUCUGCGAAUCGCGCGUUACAAAUAUUAAUUUCCUUUAGUUAUGUACAUUAUAAGAAUUGUUUCAUUAUGUUCAUUUGAUGUUCCAAGAGUGAUUGUGGAACAUAAUAUGGAGAAGCAAAAUGCAACGUGGCAUGGCCAAUAAAGCAAUCUACUCUUGAUUUCUGAAA